AUGAAUGGACCUGCGAAUGGGCUCGCUGCCGUCGUCUCUAAAGCAACCCUCUCCUUUGCUGGCAAUUUGCGGCGCACCGCAUUGUACCAACACCUUGCUGAAGUUGGGCCAGCAUCAUCCGACGUCUUUGGUGCCAUCUUGCAGUUUCGGAUAGGAGCCGAGAGCCGUAUCGACCGAACGUUGCGCUCUGUCAGGUUUUAG